GCGCCUCAGCCCGCGCGUUCGCAGUUUCUCGCUCUCGCCCGCCCUCCCGUUCCCUAGCUUGCUCGCGCUUUUGCUCGCGGUCUCCUCGCGGAUCGAAGGGGUUCUGACCACAGCUUGUGGCUGAGAAGGGCGACAGAGGCGGCGGCUCAAGAGAAACGAGGCUGCAGCGGUGGUGGUGGCGGUGGGAAGAUGUCGGGCGAGGACGAGCAACAGGAGCAAACUAUCGCCGAGGACCUGGUCGUGACCAAGUAUAAGAUGGGGGGCGACAUCGCUAACCGGGUACUUCGGUCUUUGGUGGAAGCAUCCUGUUCAGGUGUGUCAGUACUGAGCCUGUGUGAGAAAGGUGAUGCCAUGAUAAUGGAAGAAACGGGGAAGAUUUUCAAAAAAGAAAAAGAAAUGAAGAAAGGCGUCGCCUUUCCCACCAGCAUCUCGGUGAACAACUGUGUCUGUCACUUCUCCCCGCUGAAGAGCGACCAGGACUACGUGCUCAAGGAGGGCGACUUGGUCAAAAUCGACCUUGGAGUCCACGUGGACGGCUUCAUCGCUAACGUGGCUCACACUUUUGUGGUUGGUGUAGCUCAGGGGACCCAAGUAACAGGGCGGAAAGCAGAUGUCAUUAAGGCAGCUCACCUUUGUGCUGAAGCUGCCCUACGCCUGGUCAAACCUGGAAAUCAGAACACACAAGUGACAGAAGCCUGGAACAAAGUUGCCCACUCAUUUAAUUGCACACCAAUAGAAGGUAUGCUGUCACACCAAUUGAAGCAGCAUGUCAUCGAUGGAGAGAAAACCAUUAUCCAGAAUCCCACAGACCAGCAGAAGAAGGAUCAUGAAAAAGCUGAAUUUGAGGUACAUGAAGUAUAUGCUGUGGAUGUUCUUGUCAGCUCAGGAGAGGGCAAGGCCAAGGAUGCAGGACAGAGAACCACCAUUUACAAGAGAGACCCCUCUAAGCAGUAUGGCCUGAAAAUGAAAACUUCCCGUGCCUUCUUCAGUGAGGUCGAAAGGCGUUUUGAUGCCAUGCCCUUCACUUUAAGAGCAUUUGAAGAUGAGAAGAAGGCCCGCAUGGGUGUGGUGGAGUGCGCCAAACAUGAGCUGCUACAACCAUUUAAUGUUCUCUAUGAGAAGGAGGGUGAAUUUGUUGCCCAGUUUAAAUUUACAGUUCUGCUUAUGCCCAAUGGCCCCAUGCGGAUAACCAGUGGUCCUUUUGAGCCUGACCUUUACAAGUCUGAGAUGGAGGUCCAGGAUGCAGAGCUCAAGGCCCUCCUCCAGAGUUCUGCAAGUCGGAAAACCCAGAAAAAGAAAAAAAAGAAGGCCUCUAAGACUGCAGAGAAUGCUACCAGUGGGGAAACUUUAGAAGAGAAUGAAGCUGGGGACUGAGGUGGGUCCCCUCCCCCAGCUUGCCGCUCCUGCCUCAUCCCCUCCCACCACACCCCAGGCUCUGAAGUGCAGUUCGACUUCUCCACCCAGGACCGCGAGCAGAGCGGGGUCUCCCUGUCCCCCUCCCAGCCCCCCGUCCCAGCCCCCGUCCAACAACAGCCAGCUCCAACUGACUCUGGUCUUGGGAGGCCAGGCUUCCCAGCCACCGAAGACUACUUUAAAUAGAAAAGAUAAAUUGAAUAAUAAAAUCAGGAGUCAAAAUCCAUCGUCUUCAAGCCCCUCUUUCUAGCCUUUUUCUACUAUUCUCUGCUUGGUUCAGGUUUAUGGCCCUACAGCAGAACGGGAGGAGGCUCACAGCCGCCACCACUGAAAACUCAGAUGAAAUUUUUUAUACCACUCCAGUGUCAGCAUUUUCCCAUCUGUUGGGGCUUGUUCCUCUCUCUGUUCCCACUUUCCCCAAGUCUUUUAUCAGGCCUCAAAAUAGAGAGGAGCUAUUCUUCAGACUGUUUUUCUUCACCUGUGGCAGAUUCCUUUUAUGAUCCAGGCUGUCUAGCCAGGCCCCUCCCAUUUUUAGGAGCUGGAGCCUGCAUUUACCAAUGGAUUCUCAUCUGUCAAUUGGAUCCUCAUUUGUAAAUCUUUGUAGUCAGUUUUGUUCUACAGGACAGUUUUUCCUCCCUCCACAAGGCUGUAAAGAAGUAAUCCAUCUCAACCUUGUCCAUUUCUUUGAAGUCAGUGGGGUUCCUCCCUUGCUCCAUCUUCUUAGAAACCUGAGCUGGAGGCUCCACUGUGGUUUUGUUCCCUGUUUGAAAUAUUUUGAUCUCCCGUCCUUGAAAGAAAGAUGUGUAACCAGAGGAGCAGACUGAAGAACCAGAACUCCUGGCUUUCUGAAGCUGUGGACUUGGGUUAAUUGCUAGGGGUUUGGAGAGAAAGGUGACCUUUCAGUACCUCUGGCAUGCUGUCCCAGGGAACUAGGGCUCCCACUAAUUUAUGAGGUUUUUAAACACAUUGAAAAUGACAUGGCAUUAAAAUAAAUUUGGAUUUGCUCAUAAUCACAUGUCUGUAUGCUGCUCUUAUUUGAUGGUGGUGGGAGAGUGAGCUGAAGUGAUGAUCAUUUGGAACCAGUUUUUUGGGGGUUUUUUGACCUUGCCUCAUGUCAUGCAUGGAGAAGGCAAUGGCAGCCCACUCCAGGACUCUUGCCUGGAAAAUCCCAUGGACGGAGGAGCCUGGUGGGCUGCAGUCCACGGGGUUGUUAACAGUCAGACACGACUGAGCGACUUCACUUUCACUCUUCACCUUCAUGCAUUGGAGAAGGAACUGGCAACCCACUCCAGUGUUCUUGCCUGGAGAAUCCCAGGGACGGGGGAGCCUGGUGGGCUGCCGUCUAUGGGGUCACACAGAGUCGGACACGACUGAAGCGACUUAGCAGCAGUAGCAUGUCAUGUAGGAUCUUGGUUCUCCAACCAAGGAUCAAACCUGUACCCCCUGCAGUGGAAGCACGGAAUCUAAACCGCUGGUCUGCCAGAGAAAUCCCUGGAACCAGUUUUCUUUAGCCAUAUUCUACUUUUCUAAAACACAAUACCUUGGGUUGGGGGAAGACAAAAAUCCUGGGUUCUGUGAAUUAAGAGUACAUUUUCUAUGGGAGUUUAGUCUAGUUUUCUGAAGUAAAAACACCCCUUACUGCUGACACUAUUCAGAACAAUGUUUAUUGCACAAAAAUUAGAAAAACUGCAAAGUGAUUAUCUUGGUUUAGGAAGCCAGGAAGAAUGCCUUUAGGGUUAAUACAUUUUUCAAGCCAGCCUGAAAUUUGAUGGGUAAUGCAUAUAUUAGAGCAUUUUUUGUAUGAGUUACUGCUGACCUGAAGAUAAUUAUGAAUUAAGCUGAACAUAGAUCUCUUCAUAAGAGUUUAUAGCAAUCAACAGGUGAAGCCCCAGUGGGUUUGAUAUCUUGCAGGGGGCUUUAUUUUUGUUUUCAAACACAUUACAGUCCAUUGGUGACAACACUAGAACCACUUAAGCACUUGAAACAAGGGUCCGAAAUUUAGAAACCUGAUUUUCCAGAACUAAAAAGGUGAAAUGUUUUAAAGAAAACACUAAAAAAGGAAUCAUAACAAGCCUCACUCCAUCUUAUAGUGAAUAAGGUGAAGUCUGUAUGAUGAAGGAUUUCAUCCUUCAUAAUACACGUUUUCUGUAGCCAAAUCUUACGGUGUCUUUUUUUGGGUGCUUCUGACCUAACCAUAUCUUGAUACUGGGAAGUUGUCUUAUCACCAAAUACUAUUCGUGCCUAAAUAUACAUGUAGCUGAUCAGGCUUUCCUUCUGUCCAUUAACUAGAUCUGUCGUUAAUUUGACACGACUGAAGCGACUUCCUACAUACACUAUGCAGAGGGAGAAUCACUGAAGCAUUUUCUCAAUAAGAUGCAUUUUGGCCAGGAAUGUUAUGACAUUCUGCCUCAGGCAUUGUAGGGAAAGACCACAGUUGACUAGGAAAAAGUUUAUCUUCAACAAUAACAAAGGUCUCUUUUUGUAGUAUAACAGCUUUCUCGAUUCCCCGCUUUAUAUCUUUUCAAUGUUCUGCAAUCUUAGAACCUUUGGAAGUUCCAAAAUCGAACCUGCAGAUAUUUAAUAAAUAAGGUAAACCAGUAAACGGAGAAGGCAAUGGCACCCCACUCCAGUACUCUUGCCUGGGAAAUGCCAUGGACGGAGGAGCCUGGUAGGCUACAGUCCAUGGGGUCGCAAAGAGUCGGACGCGACUGAGCGCCUUCACUUUCACUCUUCACUUUCAUGCGCUGGAGAAGGAAAUGGCAACCCACUCCAGUUCUUGCCUGGAGAAUCCCGGGGACGGGAGCCUGGUGGGCUGCCGUCUAUGGGGUCGCACAGAGUCGGACACGACUGACGCGAUUUAGCAGCAGCAGCAGCAAACCAGUAAAACAAAUCAAGACUUUUUGUACAGUCCGCCUGGAUCCACAGUAAAAUGGAGGAUGUCUCCAGGAAACUGCAACUCCCAUGAAGCAACGAGAGGGAAGGCGGAAGUAGCUACCCUUUGCUCGUUUGCACCUCUAGGUCUCUUAUUGGAAAUAUGUGCUCAUAUCUAAAUAAUACUAUGUCCUCAUAAUAAAACAGGUGAGAGGAAUCUUGUACAUCAAAAUAUUGAUUUCCAACAGAAUUUUUCCAGCUUAAUCACUCCUCACACACCAGCGAACUGCCAAAAGCUAUUGUUACGCCCCUUGAGAAGCCUCGCCCUCCUAGGGGCAGGGCGAUAAAGCGGAAGUGACGACACUGAGUAUUCUUUUAAAUAUCCGUAGGCGGGCCCCUAGCGAUCUCUCGGCCUUAGCGCCAUCUUUUGAGAAACCUCUGCGCCAUGAGAGCGAAGUGCUCUUCAUGAAAGUUGCAAAAGUGUUGGUCGCUCAGUCGUGUCCGAUCCCGCGUACUGUGUAGCCCGCCAGGCUCCUCUGCCCAUGGACUUUUCCAGGCAAGAAUAUUGGAGUGGGUUGCUAUUCCCUUCUCCAGUGGAGGAAGAAGCGAAUGCGCAGGCUGAAGCGCAAAAGAAGAAAGAUGAGGCAGAGGUCCAAGUAAACUUGUACACCCAUGGAAGCCACAGAAGCAGAAACAAGGGAAGCCAGAGGCCAGGGACGCUGGUACAAAUUGUGGACUGCAUGCCUACUAUCUAGAACUUCUCAAUGGAUCUGGAACAUCUAUGGCCAUUCUGAUCGCCUUGACCACCUUUGAGACCUACCUUGCUCGUAUCCAAGCCGUCCCUUUUGAUCCUUUGCCCUGGACCUGUGAUAACUAUGGACUAGAACUCUUCUCAGUUGUGGCUGAAUGUAACGUGUACAAUAAAUCAUCUCUUUUGCUGUCUUA